CAUUAUGUUAUUGUUCAUUUUUGCAGGUAUUGUUAAAAGUGAGAUGGAAAACCAAACAAUAGUUUAUAUGUUGGUUCUAGCUGGGUUGUCUGAUUUUUCAAGUCUUCAGCUUCCUCUGUUCCUGGUGUUUCUCCUGAUCUAUAUUAUGACUUUAACUGGGAAUCUUCUCAUCCUUCUACUGAUCUUCAGUUAUUCCCAUCUCAAGACCCCCAUGUACUUCUUCCUUGGAACCCUGGCAUGUCUGGAUAUGUGUUACUCUUCAGUCACUUCUCCCAGAAUGCUUUUUGAUUUAUUCAAAGACAAAAGGACCAUUUCUGUGCAAGCUUGUAUAACUCAGAUCUUCUUCUUCUUCUUUUUUGGUGAGUCAGAGAUAUCUGUGUUGGCAGUGAUGUCCUAUGACAGAUACAUUGCUAUUUGCAGACCUCUUCACUACAUGCAAAUAAUGAGCUGGAAAGUUUGUGUGCAGCUUGUUUCAGGUGUGUUGGUUGUUUGUGUAGUACAUUCUUUGAUGCACACUGUCCUUUUAACUAAACUGACCUUUUGCAGCUCACAUGAUUUACAAAGUUUCUUUUGUGACCUGCCCCAGUUGCUUCAGAUCUCCUGUAGUGACACAUUCAUCAAUGUAUUCCUUAUAAUUAUCUCUGGGUUAUUGGGAGUUGUGAUUUUAGGGGUCACCUUUUAUCCAUACAUCACUAUAAUCAGAACUGUUCUAAAAAUCCCAUCAAAAAACAUGAGAUACAAAGCUUUCUCCACCUGCUCCUCUCAUCUAACUGUGGUCUUUAUAUUUUACAGCACUGCUUUCUUUAACUAUUUUCGCUCAAAUGCAAAUGAUCACCACACUGAGGACAAAGUGGCUUCUGUAUUUUAUGCAAUAGUAACCCCAUGUUUAAAUCCUAUAAUUUAUAGUCUGAAAAACCAGGAUAUUAAAACAUCCUUAAGAAAAACGUUACAGAGAAUGUAA